AUGACGUCCUCCACAUAUAAGGGCAAUCUCUCCGUUGGAGGUUCUGCCCUUGACAAGUCCAAGCUGCAGCUUCGUAGGCCGACUCCCGAUAGCGAUGCUCUAGCGUCCAGCGAUGACGACCGUGAGCACGUGCCCACUGUCGUUCGUCCUGCUGGGGGCUACCCCGGCGGUCGUAGGCCCUCUUCUGGUUGGCUACAGGAUAUCCAACCUAACCGCAAGUUCUCGUUGCCCUCAGUGUCGUUUGCUGGCUCCCAACCCACGACCCCGUCACUAGAGCUUCCGAACCAGUCUCGCCCUGGAACAUCUGCGUUUCCCUGGAAUACCUCCAGUUUCAGCAGUACCCAGGCCAACAGCCGUCUCAAGGAAGUCGUGCCAUCGCCCACAUCUGCACAUUUCCCAGCUGAAAGACCAUUGCCUUCGCCAGCUGCACCUGAGAGCGAAGAAGGCAUUGGCUUUCUUCUUAGUCAGCAAAACCCCAUCCGCAAGGCAGUGCGCUCCCAGUCCUACAGCAUAGGGCAGGGCGACAUCGAGAACAGCCCUGUUGGCCAGUUCUCUGCACGCGUACGCACAACAGCAGGCGUCCGUCACCGUCCUUCCAAGCCCAGUCUGCUUGGUGACUCUGGUGUCGGCUUAUCUCAACUUCGCGAGGACGACAUCGACGAAGUUGACUCAACAAACAGCUCUGAGCACGGCGUCCGCCUCCCACAAGGCUACUGGGAACGCGAGCAAAAGCAAGCUCUUCUCAAGCAGGCAGCCAUGGAGAGCGCACGUGCGCGAAACCGUGCCACGUCUACAAGCUCGCCAGUUCACCAACACCCGCCGCCACCACAGCGUCGCAAGACCACUGCCGGCCUUCGUGGCAUGUCUUAUGGCGGUACCGCCGACUACGCAAUCGAAGAGCACGAAGACAACGAGGUCGCCGCGCACGCCUUGCCGCCGUCGUCGUUGACUCGUCGCUUCAGCGAGCACGUCUCUAUCCUGAGCCGCGAGCCCGAGCAAGAGAUCAUGGAUAGCCCAAAAAAACAGCAGUGGGCCACCGGCAACAUUCACAAUCUCGGCAUGGAUGCGAUGGGUCGCAGGCACUCCUUCGCUCACUACGGAGGCUUUAACCAGAGCAUGCCUCUCUCGACUACCUUGAGCAACACCCAGGAAGAAGAUGAGAGCCUAAUGUCUCCUCGUCAAGCAUCCCACUCACCUGAGGAGCCAGAUCAGUUCGACGCCGCCGCAUACUUUGCAGGCUACGGCCCCGCAUCUCGCGCCAUCAACGCCUCUGCGAUCUCUGCCGCCCAUCCAGAUCCUAUCGUCCCAAACACAACCAUGAACACAACCAAUCCUUAUGCCGUCCCACCGGUCUUGGGCCGCCCUGGUAGACGCCUGUUCGUUGUUACAUUCAAGUGCUCCAGGGCCGAUAUCUACUACCUCUAUGACAACACCGGACUCGAGAUCCGCCGAGGUGAUCUAGUCAUCGUCGAGGGUGAUCGUGGUUGUGACCUUGGCCAGGUAGCACACGCAGAUGUGAGCUUGGAAGAUGCAAAGAAGUACAAGGCUGAGGCGAAUGAAGAGCAUUUCCGCUGGCUUGUCAUGUUCUCUCAGUACUCGCUUGCAGGAACCCAGAACGACUCCGGCAUGCUUGGUGCUCUUGCGCGUGCAAACGGUCUUUCUAACAACCCGAAUCAGCCUCAGUUGAGUGGCAUGAUUGGCAAUCAAGACCAGGAUGCUAAGCCCAAGAUGAUCAAGCGCCUUGCUCAGCAACAUGAGAUCUUCGCCUUGCGCGACAAGGAGGGGUCAGAAGCUAAAGCUAAGCGCCUCGGAGCUCAAAAGGCCGCUGACCACAAGCUACCUAUGGAGGUUCUCGAUGCCGAAUAUCAAGCUGAUUAUCACAAGCUUACCUACUUCUACUACGCCGAGUCGUACGUGAAUUUCAACGACCUUGUCACCGACCUGUUUAAGCAGUACAAGGUCCGCAUCUGGAUGUCCGCUGUCAACCCAGCAUCAGUCGUGAACCCAUCUGGCCUGAUGCAGAUCCCGCCACCCUCAGCCAUUGGUCCUGGUGCUAUUAUGAACUCGGGCAACGGCAACUCUUCGUUGCCUGUUGGACCUGGCUUCGGCAAUAGCAGCCACCGCUCCAAUGAGCACUAUGGUCGCGGCCGCAACAACGCUCCUCAGGCUAAUUACGACGACGGUCACUACGCAUUUUCUCAUCAGCUUCCAGCCUACACCCCUCAAGCCGCCUAUGGCAUGCCUCCUUGGGCACAGGGCCAACAAUAUCCACAGCAGAUGUACGGUGGAUACGGUGCUUUCGCUGGAGGUUAUCCGAACGUGACUACUAGCGGCAGCCCUAUGAACUUCGGCGCUUACUACCCACCCGGCUCUACCUAUGGCGCUCCAUCGGCUUACAACCGCGGCUACCCAGGUGCCGGAUCCUACACGCCCACUGGUGGUGCCAACUAUGGUCAGCAAGCGACUUCGGGCGCGGGCAACAGCAAGUCCGGUGGCGGCUUCGCAACUCAGUCUGGUGCCUCUAACAGGGGCAACGAUCCUGCCUUCCUCACCAGCAUGCAGAACAUGUCUCUUGCUAGCAAGUAG